UGUGAGCGGAGCUCUUUCCCCAAAGCGUCACCAAGCAGCUGUUUCGCGGAGCGCAACCCCGGGCUGUUUGUUUCCCAGGGAAGACCGCUCGGAAAGGCAAAGGCUGAGCCUCGCUGCGGCCGCUUCUCCGGCUCUUUCCCCCGGUCACUUCUCUCUCUCCCACCCGCCACCAGCCGAGCAAACGCCGGAGCCGAGCGAUGGGGGCUUUUGCGGGCGCAGCUUGGUGAAAUCCGCGCCCGCAGCCCACGCGGGGAUCGGUCCCCCCCUCCAUCCCUCCAGGCGGAGGAGGAAAAAAGCCAAGAUGGGAUGUUGCACCGGGCGAUGUACUUUGAUCUUCCUCUGCACUUUACAGCUGCUUGUAGCUUUGGAGAGACAAGUGUUUGAUUUCCUGGGCUACCAAUGGGCUCCGAUUCUGGCCAAUUUCCUCCACAUCAUCAUGGUGAUCCUUGGCCUUUUUGGGACAAUCCAGUAUAGACCACGCUACAUUGUGGUGGACAGUGAACUUUUGACAUUUAACAUCUCCCAACACCAAUCGUGGUGGAGUGAGAACGGUCCUGGAUGCGUAAGGAAGGAGACACCCAUGAUCGGCAUCAAAGGUCUGGACAGCCAUUCGUACGUCUCGGUGAUCGGUUGUGCAUUGGAGUACCGCUACAUCGAGGUCAUGCACAGCGCCCUGCAGAUUCUGGUGGCGCUGGUGGGAUUUGUGUACGCCUGUUACGUUGUCAGUGUCUUUACAGAAGAAGAAGACAGUUUUGAUUUCAUUGGUGGAUUUGACCCAUUCCCUCUCUACCAUGUUAAUGAAAAGCCUUCCAAUCUUUUGUUCAAGCAGACGUACCUGCCUGCGUAAGUGAUGAGGAUCCGGCGAACUGGACAGGUGGGAAGCAUCCAUCCACAACCGUAAUGCCAAACGUUCAGCCGGGUGCUGACGGCAGCCAAGGAAUGGGAGAUGCCUUCCAGUUUCAAGAGCAUGCCUCCAUGAGAUCACUAUCCUCUACUUGGUGCUUCAGGCUUGCUGGCAUCCGCUCAGACAAUUCCUCAUUAGUGGAUUUCUAGGUUUUAUUAUGAAUGAAUGAAUGAUUUCCUCCUUUCUCUCUCCUCCCCCACCCACGCCCUAUUUUCACUCCAUUGGGACUAUGAAGAGAACAUUUGGAAAAUACAUAUUUGACUCUUUUCUUCUGUAUAACAAUGAAAUUGCAUUGCCUCUGGAUAUUUUGAGGCAUCAACUUUGUUAUUAUCCGUGGACUAAUUCUCACUCCCCUUCAAACCCCACCCCCCCAUAUACCCUGAACAAUCUCAACUUUGUGGUUUCUAUUAAUGGACAAGCUGU